GAGCUAUAUCCGUAAUCUAAAACAAGAUGUACUGCUCAAAGCCUUCAGUUAGCAGACAUGUACUUCAAACGAUGAGUUCACCAAGAUUGAACGAUUCAGAUUUAUCUACAGCUCAGUGAUAUUUCAGAAAAGUUCUUUUAAAACUCAGAUUAAUCAAAGGAUUUAAAGAGCUGGCACUGACCACAGACCAUGCAUUGCUAUAUAAUACAACUAUUUGUCAUUCUCAUAGGAAUAGCACAAUCACAGCAAGUACCAACUGAAGCAUCUUGGGGAAAUCAAUGUCCUUCAGAAUGUGACUGUGAAAUGGUCAGUGCAUCUCAAACACUCAUUUCACGAUGGAAGCCUGAAAACAGUUCAGUGAAAACAGUAUUAUGUGUCUUCAGAAAUGAGAGUUUAUUUCUUAUGUUGCACCUACCAAAAGAUACCGAAUCAAUUACCGUGCUACAAGCCAAUGACGACAGUGCAAUGAUUUUAACAAAUAGCAUUCUGAAAGACUUGCAGAUGGUAAAAAGUAUUGAUCUGCAAGGCUCUUUAUCAAAGGGAAAAAUCUACAUCACUAAUGAAAUCUUUCAUGACCUACAGGAUUUGAAAUAUCUAUCCUUGCAAAGAGUAGACAUAUCCGGUGCAGAAAAAGCAUUCUCUAAGCUUUCAUCUCUAGAAGUGUUAUAUGUAAUUCACUGUGAUAUUGGCUAUCUAAAAUGGGAAAUGCUUGAUGGACUAAAAAAUCUCAAGGAACUUUAUUUGGUACAAAGUGGAAUAAAAGAACUCUAUGGCUUUGCAUUUUAUGGAACUCCUGAACUAAGACGAUUAUUCCUGUCACACAAUGAUUUGUUUUCUGUUGAAGCAGAUGCAUUUGUUGGUUUACUGAAGUUGGAAUAUCUUGAUCUUAGCAAUAAUAGAAUAGAUCACCUUUCAGGUUUAACUUUUCCUCCAUUACCUCAUUUACAAUGGCUGGAGUUGAAACACAAUCCAAUAAAAGUUAUAUUCCCCCACUGCUUCCAGUUUUUGAAUGGAACUCAACAUCUUACUCUAGGUCACAAGAAACAACCUGUACACCUGAUGAAAUUCAGUUUCCGUGGGUUGUAUUCACUGCUAUUUUUGCAUAUACCAAAUAUAGAUAAUGAUGCACUCUUUGAGCAUAUGUUUUAUGAUUUAAAAUCACUAACACACAUGAACCUGAGGGGCAGAAUAAAGCUCAUUAAUGAAAGAGCAUUCAAUGGAGCACACAAAGUUCUAAAAAAAUUGAUCCUGCAUGACUGCCAAAUUGAAAGAAUUUACAGUGAAUCUUUCUAUGGAUUAGAGAAGUUGCAUUUGCUAGAUUUAUCAGACAAUCGUCUGCGCAGUAUUCCAGAGGGUACUUUCAAACAUUUGAAAUCAAUCAAACAUAUACGUUUGAAUGAUAACAAGCUGAGUCAAAUGCCUGAUAAUUUGUUCCUACCACUGCACACUUUAGAAACAUUAGGUAUGUAUAACAACCCAUGGAAUUGUACAUGCAGAAUGAGUUAUUGGAAAGAAAAUAUCAUUAUGGCUAAAUAUGAACAUGAUGUCGAUACAUGCAAUGGCACAUUAUGUGCUGAUGAUAAGAUUGUCGAAGAAACAGAUUUAACACCAAAAUGCAAAGAGCCAAAGCUAUAUGAAAAUCAUAGCAUUUUUCAAGUUCUCAAAGUGCUGAAAUGUGAGAAACAGCACUAAAUCAUUACAGAAAAUCAUUCUUUGUAAAUAUGUGCUUCAUUCCCAUUUAUUUUUUUAAAUAAAAGAUAAAGCAUAUAUGCAUUAAAUCAUGGCAGAUUUUUAAAAACAUAAUCACAUUUUACUUCUUCAAGCAAUUGAUUAACACAUAAGCAUUCUUAAAAAGUAUCUUCAAUUUAAUGGUUAAGUUAACAAUAACUUAACAACUACUAUGAUGAUGGAGAUUAUAUGAUGUGACCACUAAUCUGGAUGCUAAUGGAUAUAAUUUUAUUCAACUGAAUGUUAAUGAAUAAGUAAUUUUAUUCAUGUGUUUUGUUUUAUUAAAUUGGUGAAAUUUGUGAAAAACGGAGAAAUGGUACAAAAAAGUUUAAUGAAAUGUAUAUAAAGAACAUCUGUGCAUUGUAAUGCUAUUCGCUGUAACUUUACUUUCAUAAUAAAAAUAUUUGAGUUUUUAAAGAA